GAUUUUGCAAAUUUUAUGCGUUUUUUUUUAAAAAAAAGUUAUCAAGCUCUUAAAAAAUCACCCGAUAGAAGAAGUGGAAAAGAUCCUGAAUACAGAAUAAAUAACCCUUCCAGCUAUAGAUAUAUUACAAUACGCAGAAAUACAUGUAGUCAGGGUAGAUAACGCCUUCAUUACUAUAUAUAAAUACCCAAUCAUAUCAAAGCAAUGUAAUACCUAUGACAUAACUGCUCUAAAAUCUCCUAACGGGAAACUUAUAUUAGACCCACUGAUAGCACAAUGUAAUAAUAAACUCAUAAAAAUCACUAAAUGUAGAAAUAAUAUGAGUAAAUACAUAUAUUUGUAAGCAAAACAAACAAGACAAUAUUACCAAGAAGCCUUUUGUAAUACAAUAGAAGAAAAUAAUAUCCCCCUAUUGCAGAUAAACCAAGGAAACAUUCUCCUCGAAGGAGAACACAAAAUUAAUAAUGAAACAAUUAAUGGAACUAAUUUAAUACAAUUUAUUGAUACAAUAAAAAUUGAUAGUAAAGAAUAUCAUAACCAAAAAGAAAAAAUUAACGAAUAUAUAAAAACACACUCUAAUGAUAAAAUUAAACUAUUAGAAAUCUUGAAUGGAGAAUCUAACUAUAAAUUUAACAACUUCCAAAAAUUACAUACAUUCAUAAUCCCUUUUGAGGAACACCCUAUUAAAACAACUCUUAUAACAAUAAGUAUAAUCGCUAUUUUAAUAAUUUUAACAAAUUAUAUGUAUUGUAGAUUACCCAUUAGUAUAAAUAGAAGCAUAACCAUACACGCUUUGCCUUUUGUAUUUUGAAGAUUACCAAAUAAAGAACGUUCUGCUGUCAAUGCAGAACUCAAAUAUUUUUUUGACUAAAAUAACCCAAGUGUUAUUAAUUCUCGCGAAAAAGUGAAUAUACAUUAAAAUAAAUAAAAAAUGGAUAUAAGUUUUGAUUUAUAUUACAAUGACGAAAAUACUGGGGGCAAAAUUGAUGUGCUACGUAUACGAAAAAGCCUUCGUGAUCACUCAAAUCCAUCGGAGCUUCCAAAUGCAAAGGAAGCCAUAGUUUUUUCACAAUUGAAUGGCUUUUUAAUAAUAUUUGUUGCAGAUUCAUAAGUUAUUUUCGAUUAAAUAAAGAAGAAUUUUGUUUUUUACUGAAUGAGAUGAAGGAACAUUUCCACCAACGUGUGCGAGGAACGGCUAUACCUCCUAUAUUAAAAUUAUGCGCAACUCUGCGUUUCCUUGCUGACGGUGAUUAUCAAAAAUGCAGUGGAAAUGAUUUUAACAUUGGGUUGGCGCAACCUACGAUAUCUUUAGUAAUUAAAGAGGUUCUAAAUAUAAUUGAACAACGUAUUUGUGCCCAAUGGAUUAAAAUUCAAAUGACUGAGGAGGAGCAAAACGCUUCAAAAGUUUCAUUUUAUUCAAAAAGUGCUUUCCCGGGAGUAGUUGGUUGCAUCGACGGGACUCAUGUUCGCAUAAUUUCACCAAGAAAAGAAGUGCAACAUCUUUAUCCUAACAGAAAGUGCUACUACAGUUUAAACGUAAUGAUUGUAUGUAUAAAUUAUAUUAGAAACAAAAUGGUAUAAUUUCUUAAAAUUUUUAGCUUUGUGAUUAUAAAAUGUCUAUUCGGUAUGUGGAUGCUAGGCAUGCAGGCGCAAAUCUUGACUCUUUUGUUUUCAAUGAUAGCGAUUUGAAAGUGAAUUUACAGAACAACAUACAGAAUAACACUUGGAUCUUGGGCGACGCUGGCUAUCCUCUGCACAAAUUUUUAAUAACGCCUUAUCGCUUAGUGGAAGCUUCUUCACCCCAAGCACGUUACAAUACAGUACACUCAAAAGCACGGAAUAUUGUAGAGCGGACAAUUGGUGUACUCAAGAGUAGAUUUCGAUAUCUUUUAUCUGUACGAGGUUUACAUUACACUCCCGAAAAGGCUACGCAAAUUGUGAAUGCUUGUUGCGCAUUGCACAAUAUUUGCCAACACUUUCAAGUGGAAUCUCCGGAAGAAAUACCAUCUACUUCACAUACUACAAUGACCAAUGAUAUUUUGGACAUAGAAAGAGAAGAAGAGGAUACGGCUCGAAUAAUUCGCAAUAAUAUUAUGACUUCCCUGUAAAUAAUUAAAAUAUUAAAUUUCAUUUAUUCUUUCUACAGUGCUAUUUAU